AUGAGAACCAUCAUUGAUAUGAUUACUCCAACAACUCAAUUUACCUCCUCAAGCACUAUGGGUGUACAUGAACCAAUCCACCAAAUUAGCAUGUGGGAUGACACAUUUGGAGGUAACAUUAAUCCCAAUACAGAUGUGUGUAUGAUCACACAGGCAGAUGCAAAGCUAGAUGACAUGUGUGAGUAUGCUUCUUAUAGAUCUCAGGAAGCUUCUGGGGAUAACCAAACAGCCAAGAGUAUUAGCGAUAAGGUACUUAGACGUUUGGCACAAAAUCGUGAAGCUGCUAGGAAAAGCCGUUUGCGAAAGAAGGAGUAUGUUAAGCAACUGGAAUCAAGCCGUUUGAAGCUGGCACAACUUGAGCUAGAACUUGAAAGAGCUAGGCAUCAGGGCUUGUUUUUUGGGGGCACAACUGCUAAUAUGGGAUUAUGUGGAAGUGUAAAUUCUGGAAUUGCUGUGUUUGAGAUGGAAUACGGGCAUUGGAUGGAAGUGCAACGACAGAAAAAUUCUGAGAUUAGAAAUGUUUUGCAGUCUCCAGUCGGUGAUGAGGAACUCCGUCUGCUGAUAGAGGAUGUAUUAGAACACUAUUGCAAUCUCUUUCGCAUGAAAAGAGAUGCCGCCAGAGCUGAUUCCUUCUACUUAGCCUUCGGCAUGUGGACAACACCGGUCGAGCAGUUUUUCCUUUGGAUUGGAGGAUUCCAACCAUCAGAGCUUAUCAACGUUGUGCUGCCUCAACUUGAGGACUUGACAGAACAGCAAAAGGGAGAAGUCUGUAACCUGCAACAUUCUUGUCAACAAGCCGAGGAGGCUCUCUCACAAGGAAUCAAUAAGCUUCGAGAGACUCUAGCACAGAGCAUAACAACUCUGGUCGGUGGAGCAGGAAGUUACAGUUCUAAAGUGGUUUCUACUACGGAGAAGUUGAAAUCACUGGAAGGCUUUAUACAACAGGCAGAUCAUCUUCGGGAGCAAACUCUGAGAAGAAUGUCCUUCAUUCUAACAACACGACAAGCAGCAAAGGGGUUGCUCGCUUUUGGGGAGUACUUUCAAUGUCUGCGAGAUAUUGGUUCGCUCUGGGCUGCUAGUCCUCGGAAGACCUACCGUAGAUCGUAA